GUGACAGACUGCUUCCCGCCUCCUUUCUCCUGUGUCUCUCCUCCCCCUCCAUCCUUCAGACACCGAGACAUACAGAGAGAGAUCCUGACACAGGGAAAACCUAACGGGACAGAGCAGCUAAUAUACCGACACCAGAGCCCCAGGACGAAUCAGCAGCAGGAGCCGUGUGCUAAUGCAAUGACAACAGUGCACAGCUUUUAAAAUUACCUCAAACCCAUUUUGUUCCUGGCUUCUGAAUCCUGUACAUCAUAGACUGAGGAAAAUCUGGGGACAAGUAAAGUUUGUUGAAAAAGAUACCGGUCUUCCACAAUGAAUCCUGUUUACAGCCCUGUACAACCCGGGGCUCCCUAUGGAAACCCAAAAAACAUGACCUAUGCAGGUUACCCUGCUGGUUAUCCUACAGCUGCUCCUACAUACAACCCUAACAUGUAUGCUACCAGCAGUCCUGGCUACGCCCCAGCAACACUUCUGAUGAAACAAGCCUGGCCACAGACCUCAUCAUCUUGUACCAACGAAGGCACCUUUCAUCUCCCUGUGGAUACCGGAUCUGAGAACAGGUCUUACCAAGCAUCAUCUGCAGCAUUCAGGUACACUGCUGGAACUCCAUACAAGGUUCCUCCUGCUCAGAGUAACAGUGCCCCUCCGCCCUACUCCCCAUCCCCAAAUCCUUACCAGACCGCUAUGUAUCCUAUCAGAAGUGCCUACCCACAGCAGAACUUGUAUGCUCAGGGCGCUUAUUACACACAGCCUGUUUACGCAACGCAGCCUCAUGUCAUCCAUCACACCACAGUGGUCCAACCAAACAGCAUUCCUUCUGCUAUCUACCCAGCCCCUGUAGCUGCACCAAGGACUAAUGGCGUGGCCAUGGGGAUGGUUGCCGGGACUACCAUGGCGAUGUCAGCAGGUACAUUGCUGACCACACCGCAGCACACUGCCCUAGGAGCACAUCCAGUCUCUGUGCCAACUUACAGAGCUCAGGGUGCCCCUACGUACAGCUAUGUACCUCCCCACUGGUAAUCUCACUGGCCUAUCCAUGUCUGGAGUCAAACAUUGUAUGCAACUGCUCGAGUCUUACAUCGAUUUUGGAGCAAAUGUACAACAGCACCAGAUUUGUCUGCAAAGAACAAAAAAGGAUAAAACAAUUGUACAAGGGUCACUUUAUUCUUUUUUUUGUGUGUUGGUUUUUUUUUUUGUUGGUUUUUUAAAGCUGCUUUUUGUAAUAUCCCAUUUAUUUUAUUUUAUUUACAGUCCUCAAAUAUUCAUAUCAUGUUUAUUUCACUCUCAGAGCAAAGGAUUAUGGGUCCUCUGUCAUUUAGUAUUGCAGUACCCAGAGGGCUUUCACAGGUCCACAACAUUUUCCUUUGCUUCAUUAUUGUAUUUAGUUAUUCAAGAUGGAUAAGCGUCAAAAGUUCGCAGAUCCUGAAUACAGAAAGCUCUCGUCUUUUUUUUUUUUUUUUCUCCCAAAAAUUUACUUUCAUUUUUCAAACGUUUAGAAAAGCAGUUAAACAGUGUCUUCCAAAAGUGUUGCAAAGGGAUUAUGUCUAAAAGAUAGUACAUCUUUUUUUUUUUUUUUUUAUUAAAGUCGUUGCACGCUUUUGUCAUAGAAAAAGGACAAAUUGUUAGAUUUUCACAAUGAUUUUUUUUUUUCUUUAAAUGUUUAUUCUGCUUUCUUUUUUUUUUUUAUACUUGCUAUGAAACUCAAAGCUGUUAUACUGGUGCUUUGCAGUGAAGGAUGGAGGAAUUUGGCAAGGCAUAUUAUAGAAUAGCCACUUUUCUGUGUAUAAGCACAACACCUAUAUACAAGUUAUUUUAUUAUUAUUAUUUUUUUUUUAGUUUACAUUUCAAUUCAAAGGGUAUUUCUUACCUUGUAUGCCCUUCUGCAAAAAGCAGUUUCUACGUGUCAAUCCAGCACUCUAGAAACUGAACUGGGCUAUCAGGAACUCACAGAUUAUCCACUACAGUAUAUUGACUCUUGAUUUAAAGGAAGUCCACACUUUGCUAUGUAACGCAGUUUCCCUUAGUAGGUGUGGUGUAUUGUUAUAGAUAAGUUAUUGUUUAUUGUGAUAAAAUAAUGUUAAAAUAGUGGGCCUGGAUAUGCUCGUUUAUACACAGGUACUAGUUUGCAUGGGUGGAAUUUUGUUAGGACAAAGAGGAAUAUUUAGUAAUGUGCGGUAGCACUCCAUCAAUCAACGUAUACUGCAGCUAUUAAGUCAUUUUCGAAGUACGUAUGGCAAGAAUGGCCUUAUGGGCGCAGCCUUCGUUGGCAGCCAAGGGGUUAAAGAGCGACAGUAGUUUGUCUUUUCUACCCAUUUCAACAUUAACUCUUUUGUAUUGUUUCUUGCAAGAUCUAUAUAGGGUUCUAAGUAUUGUUGUCUUGUGGCUGCAAAACCUAAAAUCUAUAAUUCAAUGGGUGUAAAUGUUACAUUUUUUCCCCUUGUUUUCCAGACUAGAUUUUGAUUACUUCUCACUAACACCUAGCCCAUAUUAAUUUGUACGCCCGUUGGUUUUAGUAAGUCUCUUCUAUUGACCUCAGCAUCAAAAGUCUUAACUUUAAAAUAGACUAAACAAAGUGCAUUUAACAUAUUUUGCUUUUGUAAAAAAAAAAAAAAAAUGUAGUUUUAUUCACGCUCCCUAGAGACCCCCAAAAAAAUAAUAUAACAAAACAUUCUCUAACCAGGAUGUUCAAAAUGCUGCAAAUUGCAUAAAGCAGCUAUUUGUUUUGCAGCAUUUGUAGGUUACAGAAUUUGCUUUUUAGCCUCUUUAUGGCGUGGGAUAAACACCAUUUUUUUGCACAAAAGCAAGUGGUAUUUAAUGUUUCUUUAACUUUGUCUGAGCCAGUUGAAAUGUUAUUUUACUUGUAAUCUAAAAUAUUUUGUCGGGGGGAACGUUUUAAAGGGACAUAAGGGUAAAAAAAAAAAUCUGUUCUUUAAAAGGACAUUGUUAUAAAGAAAAUGAUGGUUUAUUCUCAACAGGAAAAUGUUUGUUUUUCAAACAAAAAACUUUAACAGGUUUUGAAUUAUGACUACAAUUUCCCUUGUAACAAUAGUGCCGUCCCUAUAAAUUGCACGCAACAGUCUGCAUUAAUUAAAACAAAAAUGCUGAUAUUUAAAGGGACGUAUAAAAUAAUGUGCACAAUGCAUUUCAGUUUUGAAUAGAAAUAUUUCUGCAAUAUACAGGCAUUAUCAAAAAUUCUCCUAGUAAAAGUUAUCAUACAUAUGUUGCAAUGCCCUGUGCAUGAGCAUUCAAACACUGCACCCCAUAGGUGGCAUUGAUCGUGUCCCGUGUACCAGCAUUCAAUGUGUGUAUGCCACCAAGAUCAUCCCCACAGAAAACUCUGCAAGUCGUGUCACAUUAUGAGAUUGCCAAGUGGGGGCAGUGUAAUACUUAGAAAUAUUCUAACAUUUUCUGUUAUAUAUAAAAGUUACUUAAAGGGACAGUCUCUGUUGAAAAGAAUCAUCUGUGUUCGAGCAAGACGUUUCUUGCUCGUGUACACUAUUUUGCGCAUGCGCAUUGUAUUUUGAACGUUAAGGAGGGCUUUUAAAACCCCGGGAAAGAAAGAAUACCGCUCAGUUGCAUAGUGGGUCCUUGACGAUCAAAAUACAAUGCGCACAUGCGCAAAAUUGCGUGCACGAGCAAGAAAUGUCUUGCUCGACACGGAGACAAUUCUUUUCAACAGAGCCUUCAGUGAGAAUGUUGUCAGGGAAAGGAGGGGUCUGGCGGCCAUUUCAAAUCGGCCGGAGGGUGCAAAGUAAGUGAUUUUUAACGAAAACAAUAUAUGCAUUAACCAUGUUCUAAAGGAGGAUUAAAACAUCAUUAACAACUACAUAGGAAUAAGUAAUUCCAAAUUUUGUGUUGACUGUCCCUUUAAGCUAUCCAAAGCAUCAGUGUAAUUUAACUUACAUUGAUUUAAUGAUAAUUUGUGCAAAAAACCAUUGAAAAGAAUAUUUGCUUAUAGUAGCUUACAUUUUAGGUGGGUGGUCAGUAAAAUCAGCUGGCUGGUGUGCCCGUUCAAUUCAAUAGGGCCGGGGGAGAACACUGAAGAUAUAUUGCAAAAACGCUUCUAUUCAGUUGUGACUAUUACGCUCCUUUAAAUUACGCUCCUUUAAAGGGUUUUUUAAUUCCUCAUGAAAUUUUGAAAAUGAUCAUGUAAAUAUUUUGCAGUUCGUAUGACCCUACUACAUAUGUGAUUAUUUUAUGCUCUACGCUCUACAAUUGGCCACAGCUGAGAUGCUCUAAAAAAGUUAUAAUCUGCACUUUUUUGACAAUUUUAUUUUUAUCUGAAUAAUUUGCAGUGCUGAUAUAGUAUAUGCCCCCUUGUGUCUGUAUAAGUGGCUCAGCCAAUACUCACCCACAGUCACUUCUACUCUUUGACAUGAAAGAUUAAACUCCAUCUGGGUAUUGGUUGAUGUUUCCUUUAGGGGGAAGCACAGGUUAUGUUUAAAGGGAUACUAAACCCAAAUUUUUUAUUUCAUGAUUCAAAUAUAGCAUGCAUUUUUAAACAACUUUCUCAUUUAAAUCUAAAUGUAGCCACAAGUUAUCAAGCGCUACCUAGGUUCUGAACCAAAGAUGUCCGGGUGGUAAACUUAAAUUCCUGUUUUUUUUAAAUGAAGAUACCAAGAGAACGAAGAAAAAUUUAUAAUAGGAGUAAAUUAGAAACGUGCUUAAAAUUGCCUGUUCUAUCUGAAUCGGGAAAGAAAAAAAAUUGGGUUUAGUGUCCCUUUAAUAGAUGCAGGCAGCUUAACCAUAUCAAAAGGGGAUGAUGCAUUGCAAAACUUUUGUCGUACAGCAGUUUAUUUUUGACAUUAAUUUCCCUUUAAGAUAAAAUAAGUGUACAACCUCACUUAUAGCGGGCAAUAACCUGUAUUUAGUGGCGUAUACCAGCAGUGUCACUCCUACAAUAUUCCUGUACUGAAAUAAUUCAUUUUAAAAUAUCAAUUUUCAUUAGAUCUGCUAUUGAUCAUUACUACAUCACAGGAGAUAAAAACAUACCACUGUUACGUAUCCGUAAAAAUAAUAAUAAAAUCAAAGAUAAUUCAGUAAAAGUUUGCAGAUUUUUUUUCUAUAAUGACUGCUAAUACGACACACACACACACACACACACAUAUACAGUGUAUAUAUAGCUAUGCAACAUAUGAGUUGGUUUGAUAUUUGGGUAUUACAACGCCUUGUUGGUUAUAUCAUGCUAUAAUUCACUGUAAAAUCAAAAAAUCUUUUUGUUAACAAAAUAAAAUACUAAAAGAAAUAA